CAAUACCAAUCAGAGCGCUAUUCCCAAUUAGAAAACCAGCGAUAUUCUUUUGUUUAUCUGCACUGCAACACAACGUGUAGCAGUUUUAAGGGAAUUACUCAAUCAUCUGUUUAUUUCUUUAUUUUAAUCAACGGAAUAUCCUUCGCGUAUGUUAUGGUUAACCUGCAAACAUUUAUGCUAAAUGCAGCUAAAAAGCCGAUAAGAAAAUAUCUUCGGGGAAGAUUCAUCGAUUCUCUGCGGCUGUCGGUACGAGGUGGACAUGGUGGCAAUGGCCUACCAAAAUACGGUGGAGUGGGUGGCCAGGGUGGAGCGGUUUACUUGGUGGCCAAAGAAGGCAAAAGUCUGAAGGAUGUGUUGCACAAAUGCCCCUCGAAACGGUUGGCUGCCGGUAAUGGCGAAGAGAGCAGCAAAACGAGAAUACUGGGAAGGCGUGGUCUCGAUCAGCAGCUAGAGGUUCCUGUGGGCAUCCGAGUACUGGAGGAAGGUGGCCAGCUUAUAGCGGAACUAGACGAAGAAGGCAAACACUGUUUAGUCGCCGGAGGUGGCAGUGGAGGUUGCUCUGGAAAUUCGUUCCUCGGCAAGGCAGGUCAAACGAGGAUGCUUACUCUGGAUCUUAAACUUAUUGCCGACGUAGGACUGGUUGGGUUUCCGAAUGCAGGAAAAAGCACUCUAGUAAAAGCCACCUCUAAUGCCUCACCGAAAAUAGCUUCCUACCCAUUUACUACUAUAAGACCGCAGAUUGCAACUAUCGAAUACGAAGAUUAUCGACAGGUGACAAUAGCAGAUCUUCCGGGUUUGAUUGAGGGGGCUCAUGCUAACUUUGGCAUGGGUCACAAAUUCCUAAAACACGUCGAACGAACUCGACUUUUAUUGGUCAUCGUUGAUGUUUUCGGUUUCCAGCUUAGUCAAACUCACAAAAAGCGAAACUGUUUGGAAAACAUUUUUGCGCUCAACAAGGAACUGGAACUGUACGAUCCAACGCUUCUAGAAAAACCUUGCGUUCUCCUGGUGAACAAAAUGGAUAAACCGGGAGCGAUUGAAGAGAUUUGCAAGUUUGAUAAUUUUUUCGGCAAUUUAAAAGAUGGCCUACAGCACUGUCCAGAUGAAUUGAUACCGAAACAGCUCAUACAGCUGGACCGAGUUAUUCCGAUCUCAGCCAAAAGCAUGACAGAGGUCGAUAAAGUUAAACGGGCUAUUCGAGAAGUACUGGACGAGAAGGCAGAGCAGAAAUUACAAGAGGAACGCGACGAACGACUGCUGCAGGAACAGUUACGGGGGAAAUUGAGGGAACGUGGACCUCAUGUUGGCUAGUGGUCUUUAGAGGUCAAUAAAUGUUUUAGUUGUAUAUUGCUGAACCCAAAAAGUCUUAUGGUUGAUAACAAACAGUUUGAGUUGAAAAACACCCAGAGAUCUCGAAACUGUAUUUCAGUUUAAAACCAACGUAACAUUGAAAAGGUAUCGAGAAAAGCGAAAAACUGUUUUCUAAAUAAUUUUAUUGGCCCUUAAUACUAUAAUUCAAAGAAAGUAAAUGAAAAGAAAUAUACCAAUAGAAGCUUCGGGGCCUCACAGACUUUGCAUCAAACCCAAAAUGUAGCUUCCCAGAUCCUCGUCCUGGUUGACCCACGACACACUGCAGACUUUAUUGACGGCAGCAGCAGAUGAACCCGAAGCCGUUGUUGAUCCUGCGGACCCAGAUGCUGCAACCUGAGCUGCUCCAAUGGAUUCCUCGCUUUCAAUUUUGAUGUUUACCGAUUCGACGUUGAUGGAUCCGUUCUCAUUCAUAGUAACGGUCCAGCCGGAAAGCCGCUCGUUCAGCAGGUUAAACAGUUUCUCGAUUGUG